GCAACGAUAAAGCGCCCGUCCGCCAACAGCUAGCAAAAGCGCGAGACGCCGUGUGGAGCGAAGCGGCAGAGCUCACUUUGAGUGAAACUGUUGCUGGAAGCAUCACAUUCCACAGUUGUAAAAAGCAAGGAAUAUGGUUUACACUCACAUUAUAGUUUAGGCCAAGAUACUGUGAAAGGGCAGUUGAUAACCAAGCUUUUUAUGCCUCUCUUUUCUGUGGAUUAUGCAUGUAAUGCCACCUACAAGCAGAAAAUUACAGACUGAAACAAAUCCUUCAAAAUCAGUCCUCUGCGAUGAAGAAUGUCAUAUACAUUAUUUAAAAAAUGGAGACCAUAUUUCAUGUGUGGAUUGUAAUGACAACCUCCAGGAGGCAUCAACCCAAGAAUAUGCUGUACUGUUAUCACAAAAUGAGCCUCUUGUGCAGUGGCAUUCUUCUUCAGACUCUAAUGCUGAUGUUCUGGGAAACAACAUACAACAGGCUUCUUAUGGAACCAGAUCCAAGAUGAAAGAAGUGGACAUGCACUCUUCAUAUCUGCAGAUCUUCAGUGGACACCAAGACAAUAAUUUGGACGCUUCUCCUGUAUGUUGCUGUGAAUCACACACAGAAAUGCAGUAUGCAAAAACACAUACUAAUAUGAACUGCUCAGGGCUUAAUAUAUAUGAACACCAAGAAGAACCUACUUGUAAUGACCAUGAAGGAACCCUUCUGCAAAUGAAGAACGUUGAAAAUUUGUGUCACUUUUUAGAUCUGCCUAACAGAGAUCACGAGAAAGAAUUUUCUCAAGUAUGUGACAGUGCUGUUGGCAAUAGUAGCAAUAAUUUAAAAACUGUAGUAAUAUUUCAAUCUUCUGAAUACUCUUUAUAUGACAAUGCUGCUUGCCUUCAGAUCAACAAACACAAGAAUCCUGAAACUGCUUCAGGAGUUUGCAAUGUGGAACAAACAGAAAAUAUAAAUUCUAAUCUGGAAGACACACCGUUUGACAUCUCAGUUCAAACAUCAGCAUCAAAUCUUACUGAAAUCAAUUUGAAGAUCUCAGAUGGUACUGCAAAAAGAAAAGUGGAAAAUAAUGUAAAUGGACAGGAAUGUCAACCACGAGGAAAACUAAAAGAUAUAAUAUCUUAUCUGGAUGAAAUAGAACAUAGUAGUACGGAAGUAAAAGAUUUCAUUAGCCCAAGUCAGUGCACUUUCAGUGAAAGACAGAAAGACAGAAUUUUCCUCGAGGAAACUUUAAGGAAUAAUUAUAAAGAAAAAGAAGAGACAACAAGUAAAGAUGAAGCCAGAUUAACACAACAUGUGAAGACUCUAGAACUGCAGUUGGAAGACCGUGACCGAUGUCUUUUACUGGCACGCCAAGCCAUAUCUCGGCAACAAGAGGCCCUGAAGCAAUCAAAACACAAAAUGGAGCUGAAGAUACGUUCUUGUAAAAAAGAUUAUGAAGAUGUUGUCCUACGUCAUCAGAAGUUCAUAGAUCAGCUUAUUGCAGAUAAAGAGGCCUUGAAUGAGAAAUGUAAAUCACUAUUGCAUGAACUAAAAGUAGCUGAAUCAAGAUACACAUCAAAUCUAAAAGCUGCAGAGGAAAGACACUGCAUUGAUAUUAAAAAAGUACGUGAAAUGCAUGCAGCUGCAGAAAAAGUACGACGUGAAAAAUGGAUUGAGAUUAAAACUAAGAAAAUAAAGGAAAUGACUGUGAAAGGAUUAGAGCCAGAAUUGAAUCGUAUGUCAGAACAACAUGAAAAAGAGCUGUCAGAUCUUCGUGCACAGCAUGAGAAGGAAAUGUAUAAAGCCCAGCAGGAUGCUGCCCAGCAGCUCAGAGAGCACACCCAGCUGCUUCAAGAAGAAUCAAGGAGACGUCAGUUGGAAGAAACAGCACAUGAAGCUGCUAGAAUAAAGGCCAGGUAUGAAAAACAACUUGAAGAGCUGGAAGAAUUGCAACAACAACAAAGAAACAAAUUACUUGCAGAGUUUUCCAUGGAGAAGGAAUGUUUUACCAAAGAAAGAAAGAAACAUAUGGACGAGUUGAGAAAGCUUAAAGAGAGCCUAAAUUCAGAAAAACUGGAAGAAAUAAAGCAGCUAGAAUGCAAAUGGAGUGAAUCUGUAAAACAGCUAGAAAUAAAGCAUCAGACAGAACUGCAAAUAGUGAGAGAAACAUUGGAAAUGCAGAAGGCUGCAUGGAUGCAUGACUGUGAAAAGACGCAGAAAUUGUAUCUUCUGGAAAAGGAAACAGAGAUAAGAGAAGAAUAUAAGAGAAACCGAGAUAGAGAAAUUGAAAAAGCAAUUGAAAAACUGGAAGAAGACUGUGAAAGAAUGAAAUCAGAAACUGAAAAAGCAGCAGAAGCAAAGGCAUUGAGACUUAAGGAGCAGUAUGAAGCUGAUGUUAGAGAACUUGAAACUGUGAUUUCAACUCUGAGAAGUAAGUAUGAUGAUAUAAAAGAGAAGCUUAAUGAGAGAGAAGGUGAGCUUGCCCACCUUAACACAAGCAUCAGACAACUGCAAAAAGAGCUUUCAGAAUCUCAAAAGCUUAUUGAGCAGUUUUCGAGUGAAAGAGCUAAUGCCAAAGAGAUUAUUAGGAAAGAAUUUCUAUCACAAAUAAUUAUUCUGGAGGAAGAAAACAUUCAGUUAAGGGAACAAAUUGCUGAAAUGCGAGCAUAUCACCAAAUGGAAAUUUCUGCCAAAGAAAAGGAACUUAGGACUGCAGCUGCUGACAAAGAGCAUGAGUUUCAAGAAUUAUAUAAAAGGGUGAAAGCAGCAAUUGCAAAAAAGGAGAAAGCAAUUCAGCAACUUCAUUCGAAAUAUGAGGCAGCAUUAGAACAGUGUACUCAUCUUGAAAAUGUUUUAGAACAACAUCAAAGAGACCAUUUGUUUCGAUAGCUAAGUAUUAUUUUUCGUUUUGGUCAUUCCUUACAGUAUUUAAGUUAUUGACAUAGAUAAUUUUUACAAAACACAAAUUGCAAAAACAAAUGACAGCUGCAAUCUGUUUCAUAGUGAUAUUUUUAUAAUUGCAUUCUGCCAUGUAUUGAACACUUCACUUACUGUUUCUGUGAAACAUGUAAGUCCUUUUUGAAAACAGCUAUGUUUUCAGGAAAUAAUGUAUAAAUUUACAAACAAACUGUGCAGAAGUAUUAAUCAGAUUUAAGUAAUUAGUGUAACAAAUUUUAAAAAUCUGGUAGAAACACGUUCUUUGUGAAUUCUUCAUUGUCACAGUGAAGCAUGCCAGGAAGAUGUUCAAAAAUACUGAGCAAUACUGCAACAUUUAAAUCAAAGAGCUUUCCACUGUAUGCAAGCUUUAUUGCUGUCAAUAAGAGAUGUAUGGAUAGGAUCUUCCUAUAUCUUUCCUUAUAACAAGUCCAUUGUGACAGUGAAGUGUCUCGAGACUUUUGAAAGCUAGUAGCCAUGUUAUUAUCUAUUAGAGACCUGCUUUCAAGACCACCGUUAUGAAUGAUUUACUUAUCCAAAGUUUUUGAAUAAUUAAUGCAAAGGCUAAACUGUAUGACUUACUGCUGCAACAGAUAAUACAUUUGACUAUACAAUGACAUGGACAGCAAAAGUCAUUCGGUCUCCAUGAGCCAAAUAAGUCAAUCAUAUGCUUAGCAGUCCAUGUCUGGUUUUUAUGUAAUUUUUUCUCAUUCCAAAAAAAGCAAGGAAAAAUUGUGUAGAAGUCAUUUUGAAAGUCUAGAAGAUGUUGAAAUCUACAAAUAAUGGGCUCCAACCACUGGACAAAAGGACUAGUGCCAAUAGAGUGAGACAUGUUUUGGAAGGAUACAACUGAAGGUAUAUAGUGUGUAAAAUGUGUAAAUAUCCAAAACAUCAAGUAUACCACAGACAUAAAAUCAGAAAAGCUUUCAUAAUGCCCUCAAAUUACUUCCUGCAAGUGCAGUCACAAACUACCAUGUUGUUGAAUAGAAACUUUGAAUUGGUGGGCAUUUAAUUUUAUUAUUUAUAGAGAAGAUAAAAAAUUAACUAUGCAGUGCAAUGCCAAAUUAUAUCUUUUACAUGUAAGACUUAAAGUUACAAAGAAAAAAAAUUGGAGAUGGGAAUAGCCUCAUAAAGAAUGAGGCUCUAAAACACUCCACAUUAUAGAGUGAAAUCUGAUGUUUCUUGAAAGAGAGGUGUUUACAGCUUAAAAAAUAGGUAUUUCAUACCUGAAUAUAAAUAAAGAGUUCUCAACUCUCAAGUUAAGCAUAUUUUUGGGCACCUAUGUUACUGUGGUUGUUUUUGUCAUCCUCAAUCAUCUGCUGUUUGAGACAGUGGUGGUGUGAAUAGAAUUAGUGUAAAUUCACCAUCCUGUUGUAAGUGCAGUCCCACAAUACUACUUCCCUAACGUGCACUAAGAAAGGCAACAAAUGUAGUUUGCUGUAAGGUGGUCAUUAAAAACUUAGGACCUGCUUGACAGUCUUACAUCAUUGUAAAUUCUAGAACUUAUUUUAACAGAAACAUUCAAAGAGAAGGCACUUGAUUCAUACAUUUGGCCAGGUACAGUUAAUGGAAACAAUAGUCUCACAUCUCCAAGUAAUGUAUAGCAAUUGUAGUUGUGAGAUAAUGAGAAUAAAGCUGGUGAUAACAAAUGUAAAUGUUUCACAAAGAAAAGUCAGUAUGUAACUGCCAUUUGAUCGACAAAAGGAAUUUUAACUUUGUUUUAGUCAGAAGCCAUAUGGACACUGGGAAAUAUUUGUGAAACAACUGUUAGUGAUGACAGAUGAUGGAGGCUCUGUCUAGUUAUUUGUAAGAAAUGCAUUUUGGUGCUGUGACCCAACAAGUACUAACAAGUUAGGUAUAUGUUGUUGUUGCUCUGUCCUUUACAUUUUUCAAUAGCUAUCUUUUAUUUUUUUGUGAAAAA